AUGAAGGUUCCAUGGUCAUUCUUCUUGGUUGCUGCGAGCGCCAUGUUCUUUGAAGUCGUAUCUGCGCAGAUACCAUGCCUGCCCAAGGGCGGAACUUGCUUUGGCGACCAAACUUGCUGCAAGGGCAGAUGUAUUUCUCCAGGUGGUCGCAGUACCCCGGUAUGCGACGCCUAA